UACAACUAGUAGUUUGAAGACGCUCGGUCACAAUGGCCGCUUUUAUAAUCGCGGCUAUCUGUGUCAUGGCUUAUUUUCUCUAUUAUAAGCUGUGUAACACUUAUUUAUACUGGGAGAAGAAAGGAAUAAAAGGACCCACACCGCAACUUCUAUAUGGCAACUUCAAGACGGUCAUAACCCUGAAAGACUCUGUAAAUUCAUACGCUGUCAGACUUUACAAAGAAUAUCCAAACGAGAAAUUUAUUGGACUCUACCAAGGCGUGAUACCAGUGCUGAUAGUCAGAGAUCCUGAUUUAAUCAAAAAGGUGCUCGUUAAAGAUUUCGCAUAUUUCGCAGACCGAGGUUUUAGCUUGACAAAUGAACCGCUAUCGAAAAAUCUGUUUUCCUUAGACGGCGAAGAAUGGAAAGUUCUGAGACAGAAGUUGACUCCUCUAUUCAGUACGAGCAAACUGAAGCAAAUGAUGCCCCUUCUCAACAACUGCGUCACACAAUACAUGCAGCAUCUCGACAAAGUCGUGGAUCAACAAGGACCGCAUGAAGUUCGGGAGCUGAACGUGAAAUACACUUUGAAGGCGAUAACUUCUGUCGCUUUCGGGAUUGACAUUGAUACUUUCACGGACAACAGAAAUGAAUUUAUCGUGAUGGCGGAAAAACUCUUCGCUCCGCGAGGUUUACUAAGACGGAUCGCCGUUUUUAUAGACGGCAUUAAGCCAGGCAUCUUUAAACAAUUAGGCAUCACUCUAUCACCAAAAGAAAUAAGGGAUUUUUUCAUAAAUCUUGUGCGACAAAUCAUUCAAGAAAGAGAAGGAAAACCGAAGGUCAGGAAAGAUUUUAUGGAUCUCAUGAUUGAACUGAAGGAGCAAGGGACGAUUACCAACGGUAAAACUGAGGGAGUGACAGAAAUGGAGAUCACCGUUGAAAUUAUAACUGCUCAAGCGUUGAUUUUUUAUGCUGCUGGCUUCGAAACUUCUUCUGGGACAAUGUCGUUUAUGUUGUAUGAAUUGUCUUUCAACCAGAGCGCUCAAGAUCGGUGCUAUGAUGAGAUAAAACAGAUUAUGGAGAAAUACAAAGGCGAAUUGACGUAUGAAGCGUUGAACGAGUUGGAAUACGUUUCAGCGGCAUUUGACGAGACUUUGCGAAAGCAUCCGACUGGAGGUUUGUUGUUGAGACAAUGUGUUAGUAAUUACAGGAUUCCUGAAAUGAAUUUCACGAUAGAAAAAGGCACGAAGCUCUUCAUCACACUACAAGCUAUACACAAUGAUCCACAAUAUUUCCCUGACCCGGAGAAGUAUGAUCCGACGCGAUUCUUGCCGGAGAAUAGAGUCAGUAAAGAGAAUAAUGUUUACAUGCCAUUUGGAGAAGGACCGAGGAAUUGUAUUGGUCUACGUCUCGCGAAGAUACAAUCUAUGCUGGGAAUCGCUCACUUCCUAUACAACUUUCGGGUGACACCAUCAGAGAGAACCCCCAAGGUGAUGAGAUACGACCCGCGAAUAAUUCUGCUGAAAAGUAUGGACGGAAUUUGGUUAAACAUCGAACGCAGAUCUUAAAACAUCAUGGUACCUACGUAUAUUAAGAUCAGAGGGUUAAAAAGACCAUAUUGAAGCAGUGAGGAUAAAAACUGCCUUUCUCCCAUCAGGUGUCGCGUCGCUACUGUUGAGUGUUCUUAAAUUUUGGCAGUUCCCCAUACUAUUUGGGUUUACAAACAUAAUAUGAUUAUAUUUUACACUAUAACCCUUUGCGCAGCGUAUGUUCGUGUCAGAGAAUCGGUACCAUUAUAUCCGAGUGAAUUUAGAUGUCGUAAUUUAAGGAUUAUCUAUCGUAUUCCUUCUACAGUAUUAAUUAGUACAGUAUAUUUUAUUAAAUUUUUAAUUAGCGCAUCAAAUAUUCGAAUUUAUUUUUCUCUCUAUCGGUGCUGCAUUAAAAAAAGAAGGCGCGUUAGGUCGGUCAGUCUCGCUCGCACGCGCACGGUAAGUACGGUAUUUUCGUAUCGAGUUUC